AUGGGAAAAGAAGGCUACGAGCUGGAGGACCUUAAGUUGGCGAACGAUGCGGAAAUGGACCACGUGGAGGACCUCAUCGCACUGCCGCACCUGCACGAGGCGGCCAUCCUGCAUUCCCUGUGCAGGCGUUUCGACAGGGGGGACAUCUACACCUUCACGGCAAACGCCAUCCUGCUCGCGAUCAACCCUUUCAAGAGGCUCCCUAUCUACGGCAAGGAGCUCUUGACGGAGCACUUCGACGUGGGGUGCAUGCGGGAGCAGGGGAUAGAACCGCCGCAGGCGCUCGGGCCGCACGUUUUCGCGAUUGCGGACUCUGCCUACCGUGACAUGAUGAAGGGUAUGGACGCGGGGAAGUCGGCGGGCAUGGGGCCGGUGAACCAGUCCAUCCUCAUCUCCGGAGAAAGCGGCGCCGGAAAGACGGAGAGCACCAAGUUCGUCAUGAGGUACUUGACAACGGUGGGCAACGGAGAGGGCGGGGUCGAGCUGGAGAAGGGGUCGAUCAUGGACAGGGUGCUGCAGAGCAAUCCCAUCCUAGAGGCGUUCGGAAACGCCCGGACCAUCCGUAACGACAACUCGAGCCGCUUCGGGAAGUUCAUCGAGCUCAUGUUCGACAAGCGGGGCAACCUGCUGGGCGCGGGCAUCGAGACCUACCUUCUCGAAAAGGUGCGUAUCCCUACCCAGGCCCACGACGAGAGAAAUUUUCACAUCUUCUACCAGAUGUGCAAGGGGGGCGACGACGAGGAACGAGAGCGAUGGGAGCUGCAAGGUCCGGAGGAGUAUCACUUCGUGAACCAGGGUGACUGCUACGACCUCCGACAAGUGGAGGACGAGGAUGAGUUCGUGAAGACGAAGGCCGCUCUUACGACGAUGGGUUUCGAGGCUAGCUCGAUCCAGACUAUCUUCGACAUCAUGGCGGGACUUAUCCACCUCGGAGAGCUCGAGUUCGAGGCUAGCGAGGAGGACGAUGCAGCGGUGCUGUUUCACGAGGACGAUAACGAGGAUUGCCUGGCUCGGGUGUGCCGGCUGUGUUACCUGCCGGAGGAGGGUCUGCUGCGUGCCCUUACGUCCAAGACCAUCGAGGUCGGUCCUAGAAAGGAGAAGACAACCAUCAAGCUCACCGACCACCAGGCGUACGACGCUCGAGACGCCCUGGCGAAGGCCUUCUACGGGCAGCUGUUCGACUGGCUGGUGGCCACGAUCAACUCGCACAUCAACUGCGACCGCAGGCAGGUUAAGGCUUCCGUCGGGGUGCUGGACAUCUUCGGGUUCGAGUGCUUCGAGCACAACAGCUUCGAGCAGCUGUGCAUCAACUACACGAACGAGACUCUACAGCAGCAGUUCAACCAGUUCGUGUUCAAGAUGGAGCAGAAGGAGUACAGCAAGGAGGGGAUCGAGUGGUCCUUUGUGGAGUUCCCAGACAACCAGGACUGCCUGGACCUGAUCGAGGGGAAGAAGAAGGGUCUGCUGACCAUGCUCGACGACGAGUGCCGGUUGGGCAUCCGGGGCACCGACGCCAACUACUUCAGCCGGCUGUACCGGGAGCACGGGGAGGCGGAGAGGUUCGAGGCGGACAGCGCCAUGCGGACCAAGCUGUGCUUCGCCAUCAAGCACUACGCCGGCCAUGUGCGGUAUAAUGUCCACACGUUCUGCGACAAGAACAAGGACGAGCUUCCCAACGAGUCCGACGUGCUGUUCGCCAGCAGCGAAAGCGAUUUCGUCGUCAACCUUUUCUCUCCUACGGGAGGUAAGAAGGCGAGGAGCAAGGGGAAGAGACCCAUCUCACCCGGCCAGUCCAGCACCAACCCCAACACCAGCAAGAAGGACUCGCCCGGAUACGCGGGCCUCAAGCCCACCGUGGGUACACAGUUUCGGGGGCAGCUACACGACCUCAUGGACAUGAUCAGGGACACACGUCCACACUACAUCCGUUGCAUCAAGCCCAAUGACAACGCCGAGCCCGACGAGGUGUCGAGGGUGCGGGUCAUGGAGCAGCUACGGUACGGAGGCGUGUUGGAGGCCGUCCGAGUCGCCCGAUCUGGAUACCCCGUCCGUCUCCCCCACAAGGACUUCUACGUCCGCUACCGUUGCUUGAUUUCCUUGAACAAGAAGGUGAAGAAGUCGAGGUAUCCGCUGAGGCUCAAGGGGGGCACCGCGAUGGCGCAGAAGAUGUGCAAGGUGGGUAGGGUCAAGAAACACAGAUUCGAGGACCUUGUCAAGCACGUUCUGUCGCCGGCAUUGGUUAGCAUGAAGAACAUCCCGGCGGACACCAUGCAGUUCGGAAAGAACAAGGUAUUCCUUCGAAAAAACGCCUACGACUUUUUGGAGAUGAUCCGCUCCCGGCGCAUCACCUCGGCCGCGGUUACGCUUCAGAGAGUGGCCCGGGGCUUCGUGAGCAGGCGGGCGUUCUCCUCUGCGAUAUGGGCCGUGCGGUUCAUCCAGAGGGUGUCGAGGGGCACGAUCGCGCGGCGGCGAGUAGAGCACAUGCGCCGGAUGCGGGCGGCGCUCCGCACGCAGACGGCCUACCGGCGUCACUUUGCGAGGAAGAAAUUCCUGUCCAUCAAGGGAGCGGCCCUCGCCCUGCAGUGCGCAACGCGCUGCCGCAAGGCCGCCAGGGUCCACACCGAGCUCAGGCGCCAACACCGGUCCACUAAAAUCCAGAGCUGGUACCGAAUGCUCGCCCCUUGGCGCGCCCACCGUAAGCUGCGGUCCGCGACGCUGGCGCUGCAGUGCCGUAUGCGGCAGAAGAUAGCCUACGGGGAGCUGAGGGGCCUCCGUAUCAAGGCGAAGGAUGUGGGCAACCUCAAGGGGGAAAACGAGCGCCUAAAGGCAGAGAUCCUGGCGCUCAGGCAGGCCGCCGCCGCCGCCUCUAAGGCUGCUGCUCCUGCAAGCGAUGAACAAGUGCGUGCCAAAGACUUGGUCAUUAUUUGUCAGGUGUCGUCGUCGUCUAACGGGAAAGAGGUGGACAGCUUGAGGAGAGAGGUGGUGACGCUAAGGGCCAGGGUAGCAGAGCUCGAACUGCAGUUGGCGGAAGGAGUGGUCGCUAAGAGCAGAGUGCCUGUGAACGCUGCGUUGCCGCCGCCGCAGCAGCAGCAGCAGCAGCAGCAGCAGCAGCGGCCGUUGCGAACUGCGAAGUCAUAUCCGGUGGCACGGACGGCAGGCGAGAAACUCGUUGUCUAGAGUAGACGAGACCGAGAGCCUCCCCCGCCGACAGCGAGCGCGGUUCUCUUCAGCCUCUGCGGUAGACAACAGCAACGAGAAGAGCGACGGCAGCAGCAGGCACCAGACGGGAGUAACUCUCUCCUUCCUGUGCGAGAUGGGUGUGGCGAUCAGGGACCACACGAGCAUGUUCCGACACUUUUAGCCGCCGCCGCCGCCGCCGUCGCUAGGAAGAGCUGGUGGCGGCGGCGGCGGGAGGGGGAACAACAGCUCGUACUGCUGCUGUAGGAGCAGCAAUGGGGGAGGAGGAUGAGGGAAGCCUCGUCAUGUUUGUCGUACAAUACAUGUUUGUAUAUUGUAGAGGGGGCUGUUGUUGGCGGAGGGUGAUUCCAACUGGUCCCAGCAGCAGCAGGAGCAGCAGCAGCAGCAGCAGCAGCAGGGUGACGAUCGGCGACCGUAGGGGCUGCGGCGGCGCCUGGCGGGCGUUUCCCGCUGACAAGGGAGGCGUACAUCUAUCGAGGAGGUCUUGUUAUCAUGCGCUAGUGGCCCUUCCGUGAUGCACGCCGAUGAUGGAGCACUCCCUAUGGUGCCGUCGCUUCUUAUGGACACGGUGGACCGGGAGAACCAAGACCGUCGUGCAUAGACCCUGGGACGCCGGAGACGACUGCCGAGGAGAUGGCGAAAUAGUGCUGCCGAUGCUGCUGUGUCCGGUCGACUGCGGAUGGAACAUCGGGUGCUACAUCAAAGGAGAUGGCGAAAAACUGCUGAUGAUACUGCUUUGUCCGAUUGGCUUCGAGAGGACCAUCGGGGAGGGGAGGGGGGGCACCCACACCGACGCCGUGACGAGGUCGGGGGUUCCACAGAUUGGCUUCGAGAGGAACAUCGGGGAGGGGACGGGGGACACCCACACCGACGCCGUGACGAGGUCGGGGGUUUCCACAGCGUGUAGGCGAGUGCGAAAUGACGUGGUAGCGGUUGUUUCCGCCGGCGGUGUGAAUCUAAUCGUAAGGUAUCAAAGGCUAUCCCCAUGAGGGACAGCAAAGAGACAUGAGGUUGAUAAUAUGCGCGUGAGCUACAUUAUUGACCAGUCUUACUCUGCGUGGGGGGUACGUAGGUCGUGACGGACGUAAGCUACAAGGGACGGCAACGCCAUCUGAGAACUGGACCGAGGGCGUCCACAAAGAACGAAGGAAUGGUGCUGGCGAAAAAGUAGGAGGAUGGUGGUGACAUGCUCCCUGAUGAGCCUUUGGGUUGGUCAGGUUAUGCCUUUCGAAGCGAGGCGCGCAUGGUGACUGUUUCGCAGACGGCGUGUGGUCCGUGCCGAGAUGCGUUCCUUGGGAGGGGGUUCUAUCGCAUAGGGUUUCGUGUGGUUUUGUUGAAUCCUACAGUAUUUGGUUUUGCUUUUUUUGUAUGGGAUGCACUGUGGUGAUGCUUUAAAACCUGGAAGCCUCUGUAUUUGCGGGUUUUUGACUGAUACUAAACGUACCAUGCAAUAUCCCCUAGACCAUGCUGAAUGGAGAACACGAAAACGAGGGGGGUUGGGGGGGCUAGGUUUUUCUUCCUGUAUAUUGAUGCGUGCGCCCCUUGGUGACUUUCGUACCGUAGACGACAUGACGGAAGACAGUAAACCCUGGACCGAUUUUCAGAGCUCGAUUACUCCGCAGUCGAAAGAGUGGCGGCGCCGAAAAUGCCGGCGUUGCAACCGUCUCGUCGAGAUAUUUCCGAAGACGUACUAUCAUUUUUGAUUUUGGGACCCUCUUCGUGGAGUAGUCUUGCGUUGAAAAUCCGUCUGGGGGGGGUGUGGUAUCUGGCGUCAUGUCACAUACGGUAGCGCCCCAACGUGAGACCACCAGAAAUGUUCCUCAUUGGAGCGGAGGUGGCAGCGUUUCCCCCGCUCCCCUCGAUUUUUCGUUUUGGACGACGCCUUGUGGAAAGGGUUGUGGUUAAUGGAUCAUUCCUCGCGUGAUGGGUUGUUGGAUCAUCCCCCCCCCAUCUGCUAUCCGUGACAUGCUAAGUGCAAUCCCUUGAUGACCACCGCCGACGGUGAGGGAGAAGAAGCAUUAUUUAGCAUUUGUAGGUAGGUAGGGCUACCGGAGUGUAGGAUAUUCCGAAAAGGUUGCGCCGCUCGCGCGUUUCCUGUUGUUGUUGGAGUGAGAACAACUCGUCUCAAGCGGGGUGUCGCACGGUCUCGUUAUGCCUCAUGCGGUGGCGCUGCGUCUUGCUUGGGUGGCACUGUCAUCGCUGUCUCGAACAAGUACAGUACGUCCGAUUGUUUUAGCCCAACGGCCCGGCCGAUAUGGUGGCGAUUAGGUGUGUGUUUGAAGAACCCCUGUAGUCUAUCUGGUCAAGUCAUUUUUGUCGUUGAACUAUGGGGAGGGCGCUGAUCCUCAGGGGACAGGAUACACCGAUUAUUCCGUCCCCCGCGGGUGUGUUUUUAGCUGCAUACGCGCCGCAGGACACGGAACGUUUGUUUGUAAGCGCAAAGAAGGUGCGCGCCUGCAUGAUGUUGUAAGCCCUGGUCUGAGUCUCUCUCUCUCUCCCCCCCCUCCCCCCGUACGGUACACGCUGUCUUUUUUAUUUUUGUUGAUUGGUAACGAAAUUAUUUGGGUCUCUUCGGUCGGUCGGAUGUUUUCUUCGAACUAUAUUCGAGAGUCUGAAGGGAGGUUUUGGUUAAUGGGUUGUCGGUUGGGAAUGCAAUAAACGACAAUGGCUUGGGGUCAGCGCCGGGCAUUUGACAGUGUAACGGUUGUCCAAGCGGCCGUCUUGAUCCCGUCCUCCCCCUUGUUGUUGUCUUCUCUGCUGUGGUGUCUAGAAGACAGUAGGAACGGUGUGGGUGUUUUUUUCUGCCCCUACUGCAGUAAGUAGUGCUGUGAAUUUUGUAACACAAGAUCGGAGCUAGAAAUGAACGCGAAGGGGCGCGCCAGGGUAGAGUGGAUUAUUGCGCGUAACACCUGCACUACUGAUGUGCGGGAUCUCCAACUGCUAGCUAGCUGUGGUGGGAGCGCAGAAAUCGGCGAGGAAAGUGCAGCCUGACUUUCUCUCUUGUGGCCUUUUGCCAGACGUACGCUUUUCAUGUGCACAGAGAGGAAGCGUGCAGGGAGGGUUAGAUAAUGGCUGGGUUGUUUGAAGCGGUGAUUUGGAAGUCGUUGUAUCUUAAACGCUGGUGUGUUUAGACCCCGUUAAAAAUGUUUUAUGCUGCAUGUGUUGAUGUUUGUUCGGAUACGGAUGGGAACCGUUGGG